CGUUGGAACUUGGAAGGGCGGAGACUGGAAUCGGAAUAAUAACGAAAAUAAAGAAAACGAAACCCUAAACCCAAAAUCGAAUCCUCUUUCUCAAGCGUUUAGGGCCGUUCCCUCCCUCUCAUCGGAAGGAAGCUUCUCUCUCCGUUUCCCCGUACCAUCGGAGGACGAAAUGGCAUAGAUAGUCGAUUUUGGUCGACGGUGGACGACAGUCGACACUCUUUCUUUCGGGUGUUCCAUCCAUUUCGAUCGAUUCGAUUGAACCUGCUUUUUUCUCCUUGGUUGCUCCGUUGCCUUCCUCGCUCACGCCGCUGCCGUCUCCCGCUCUCCUUGCUCUAAUCUCAUUUCUCUCUCUGUAUCCAAACUCGUUGACUUGGCUAUUGUGGCGCCUCCGCGACGCAUUUCCUCUUAAAGGCGUUUGCCACUGCUCCAUUCAAAGGAAACUCCCUCUCCUAGCUCCAUGUUGCUAAGCUUUAUCCUCAGCUUCCAGUCUUCCUGUUGAAGAGUAGCUCCUGAGUUUGUUAACAUUUUCGAUUGCCAGGAGCUUAAGGAAAACAGAAAGCGGAAGGGUUGUACUUGCUAGGUUAGGAAAUGGAACCGGAUGUUUUGGAUGAUAUUAUUCGGCGGCUUUUAGACGUUCGCAGUAGACCUGGGAAGCAGGUCCAGUUAUCCGAGGCGGAAAUCAGGCAACUCUGCGGGGCAUCUCGAGAGAUCUUUUUGCAACAACCCAAUUUGUUAGAGCUUGAAGCACCCAUCAAGAUUUGUGGUGAUAUCCAUGGUCAAUAUUCUGAUCUUCUUAGGCUAUUUGAAUAUGGCGGAUUACCUCCACAUGCAAACUACUUAUUUUUGGGCGAUUAUGUUGAUCGAGGCAAGCAAAGUCUUGAGACAAUAUGUCUUCUACUUGCAUAUAAGAUAAAGUAUCCAGAGAACUUUUUUCUCUUGAGAGGAAACCAUGAGUCUGCUUCUAUUAAUCGUAUAUAUGGUUUCUUCGAUGAGUGUAAAAGGAGGUUUAAUGUCAGAAUUUGGAAGACAUUCACAGAUUGCUUUAACUGUCUCCCAGUGGCUGCUCUAGUUGAUGAGAAAAUUCUCUGCAUGCAUGGUGGCCUUUCCCCAGAUUUGCAUAAUUUGGAUCAAAUCAGAAAUUUGGCUCGCCCAACUGAUAUACCAGACACAGGUUUGCUCUGUGAUCUGCUGUGGUCUGAUCCUAGCAAAGACGUUCAGGGUUGGGGUAUGAAUGACAGGGGAGUUUCAUUUACUUUUGGUCCUGAUAAGGUGGCAGAGUUCCUUCAGAAGCAUGAUUUGGAUCUGAUAUGUCGCGCUCACCAGGUUGUGGAGGAUGGAUACGAGUUCUUUGCCAACAGACAGCUUCUAACCAUAUUUUCUGCUCCUAAUUAUUGUGGAGAGUUUGAUAAUGCCGGUGCCAUGAUGAGUGUUGAUGAGACACUUAUGUGCUCAUUUCAAGUAUUAAAACCUGCUGACAAAAAGUCAAAGUUUAACUUUGGCUAAUGCACACGCUACCAGUGUUUAAGAAAGUCCAGCACCAAAAGUAUGACGAUAAACCCUCGGAUUUACUAUUGGCGAUGGGAAUUGGGUGAGUGUUUAAGAAUGAGCAAGAUGCAACCCAAUGGGAAGGUUAAGGUGCUUUGAGCUCAUUAUUGGAGGAGGAAUUAGUGGAUUUGGAAAAGGAGCAAGGGACUAGAAGAGCGGCCAUAAAAGAUCCAUAUGCUUUGCUGAUUUAAGAAGGCUCGAGUUUGAAGGUGGAAAUGCUGUGAAGCCGGUGAAGCUGACAUUGGAGUUACUUGAUUCUUGAUUGCUUCCCCAUAAUUCUUCUUGUAUUAAUUCCACAACAAGAGUUAACUCGGAGUUACUUGUUACUUGAUUGCUUCCCCCUAAUUCUUCUUGUUUUAAUUCGACAACAAGACUGUUAAGUCGUAUCUUUCCGCUAAUUUCGUGUUAUAUCCCAAUUUGAAACUGGAAUAGGAAACUUAAAUGUCCAUUGAUGUUCCUUAUGGUGGUGUUAUUCUCGUGAAGUAGGUAGGUUUAUAUGAGGUAGAACUAGGUAAGGUAAAUGGAGGUAGUGAUUUAGCGGAGGCUUUAUCAGUAAAAGUAUUGG